AUGCUCUCCAACACCAACCCCGCUACUAGUACACCCAAGAGCACCAAUCUCAGCAUUACUAGCUAUGCUCUGAAGGGCCCACCACUGGACUUUGAGCCUGACGUUCACAUCAAUGCCCGUCGCCUCAUCAAUCCACCAACUGAGCUCCGCAAAGCCUUGGAUGGUCGUUGCGAGGGCCUCCGCAAAGACCUACGCGCAGAUCCCGCCUUCCACCAACUGCUCGCCGAAGCCCAACCCCAGAUCUUCGAGGCCGAGGANGACAAAAGAGCUUUAAUAUUCAACACCCAAGACCACAGCGUCCACCCGGUUGAAGUCAAGGUCGCUGUGGCCUGCGUCAGGGGACGCCAUCGCAGCACAGCCGUUGCUGAAGAGCUGGCCAAGCUACCCACAUGGCCAGAACACUACGACGUUGGACUUUACCAUCGCGAUGUCGAUACGCCCCACCGCUACCAGAAAUGGCACCAGCAAAACUUGGAACGUGAGCAGAAGGGCGAGGCCGUUGACCUUCACCAUCAUGGUGUUGAGAGCGAUCUGGACGACGAUGACGAUGAAGACGAUCAUGUCGACAGCCCUUAUCACGACAGUAAGGCCUAG